AUGGGUUCUUUCGAAAUAAUCUCCAUUUUCCUUAUUGUCCUACUUUUCCCAUCAUUUCACCCCAAAGGUGGAGCUUCAGCUUCUGCUGAAGAGGCUGCUGCACUUCUGAAAUGGAAAGCCAGAUUUCAGAACCAGAACAAUGGCUUGCUAACCUCAUGGAACCUUCAAUCCAUGAAUGCUAGCAACUCUUCCAACCUUCCAUGCACUUGGGCUGGUAUUUCUUGCAUUAAUGGAAGUGUUAACAGGUUGAAUCUCUCAGCAUGGGGUAUUAAAGGUAGCCUUUAUGACUUCCCUCUUUUGUCCCUCCCAAAUCUUGAAUAUCUUGAUCUCAGCCUGAACCAGUUCUUUGGCAGCAUACCUCGUCAAAUAGGUAACCUGUCGAAGCUCAUUUAUCUUGAUUUCUCAGUUAAUGAGCUGUCACAAGAAAUCCCACCUGAAAUUUGCAACCUAAGAAACUUGAUUUAUUUAGCUCUUGUGCGUAAUCAACUUUCAGGUCCAAUUCCUCCAGAAAUAGGAACUAUGUAUAAUAUUGUUGACAUUUAUUUGGAGUUUAACAAUUUAACAGGUUCAAUUCCAGCCUCUUUUGGCAACCUCAAUAGGCUAGUUAACUUAUACCUUUUCCAUAAUCACCUAUCUGGUCCUAUUCCUCGUGCCAUUGGAAACUUGAUUUCACUUCAGUUUCUUGACUUGUCUCAAAAUUAUCUUACCGGUUCAAUCCCCGAGUCACUAGGCAAUUUAACCAAUUUGAUUCAUUUGUAUCUCUUUGAUAACCGACUUUCUGGUUCAAUUCCAAAGAAUUUAGGUGAUCUAAAAUUCCUGACGCAAAUGGAAUUAGGUGAGAACCAACUUAAUGGUUCCAUUCCUGUUUCAAUUGUUAUCUGGUCCAUUGCCAGAACUACUAUGUCAAAAUGGAACCCUCCAAAACAUUACUGUGUCUGA